AUGUCCAACCGAAGGGAGAAGAAGAAGGAGGAAGAAGAGGGAGCACUUGGAGCCGAAUCCGCCACAGCUGAUCCGGCUAUCAACCGGAUGGCAGCGUUGUUUGAAUCCUUUAUGGAAGUGCAGCGCAGCAGAGAUGAGCGGCUGGAGAAGGAGUCAUCCAAGCAAGCCCAUCAGUUCCAAGUCCUCACUCAUCAAGUGACUCAGUUGCAGCUGGAUGCGGAGGUAACUCGGGAACGGGGGACCAUACCGUUUCCAGCAGCCCUACGGGAGCCUACACCUGAUCCACCAUCGACCCUCAGAGGACUCAUUCACCUCAUUCCGCUCCUGACUGGCAAGGCCCGGUGUGCAUUUGUAGCUAUGGAUCCAGAGAGCACUUUGGACUAUGACCUUUUAAGGGAGGCCGUGCUAAAAAAAUAUGAGAUCAACUCAGAGACUUAUCGUCUGGAGUUCAGAGCCUUGGAGACCAGCCCAGAGGAGACGCCACACAAACCUUACGUCCGCCUGAGGGAUCUCUUCUCCAAGUGGGUCAAGUACGACCGGAGCAGCAAGGAGGGCCUCAUGGAGACUAUGGUGCUGGAACAGUAUCGCAGAGUCCUCUGUCCAGAGGUGAGGACCUGGGUCAAAGAACACAACCCAUUAACGGCAGCUGAAGCGGCCAGGCUGGUGGAGAACUUUGUGGCAGCACACCGAAGCUCCAGGAGCUACCUGACAACUGUCGAGUCAGUUGCCUUCAGGCAAAUGCCUGAAACAAUUAUUUUGUGUAGU